GUGUACAUUAGCGCUGCUGAGACGUUACUACGGGAGAUGUGUUGUACAAAUGGAAUACGUAAAAGUACACCAGUGUUCAGCAACAAUGUGCACACAAUGGAAGCACACACAACAUUGUCGGAUCAACAACACCCAAGCCAAAAAGAUGAGUACUCAGGCAAAGUCCAAACGUGUGUUUUUGGGGGACAACAAUGAGGCUGCCGUCCUGCAGGUUCCCCAACAACGCAAGCAGCAGCGGAGCAGCAGCAGCAGCAGCAGGAGGAGCAGAGACACAGUCCAUGUUUCCCAUCCUGAUGUCGGGGAAGAGCACGCCACAAACACACAAAGAGUCAGUGCAGUCGUUGACAGCGACUCGGACUUGUCUGACACUGAGAGAUCUUCUGUGUUGCCUUCAGGUGGACUUCCUCCGCAGCUUGAGCUGCGACCGGAGGUCAUCCUGACAGAAGACCGUUCCCCUCGAGGUGUCCCACGCGGUCCUAAGGGGUACGGCUUCCCCGAUGUGCUUCCUCCACCGUUUAACUCAUGGAGCGUCGGCCAGCUGUCCGUGUUCUACAGCGCGGAGAAGCGUGGAGCCCUGCGGCGUAAGCCCAUCGGCCCGCUGGAGAGGUUCUUGGAUAGGCUGCUGGAAUUGGAGCGGAGACGUUUUGAGACCGUUCUGGAGGAGCGCGGGGAUCGCCCUGCUGCGUCCGCGGCACGGAACUGCUGUGGGUCGGCUAAGAAUGCGACGUCACGCCUCAGCUCUCCAAAGCGUAUCCUUCAAUGUCAGCGUGCCUUCCCUCUUACCUUCCUCUCCUCGCUGGCCCCUCCUUCCGCCGCGCUCUCCGGCUGUGCCUGCACACAGUGCCAGCUCCACUACGCUUCUUGCGCCCUUUUGUGCUGCCGCUCUCAGCACCGCCCGCCGGGGCCUCGAGGCACCGCGUCUCUUCCCAAAAGAAGUUGCAGCGAGAGUCGCGCGCACGCAGAAGAAACGCCACCACCUGCGAGGUUAAACGGCUCUGUGACCACCAACGGCCACAUGAUGAGGAUGCAAGCUCUGGGGAACAUUCGCCAUCCCGUCCAAGCUGCGAACUGCAAACCCGUUAGGUGCACGAGUGCCACGAGGAGAGGGAAAGAGCAUCCGACAGCUUUCACGGGCAACACAUCAGAUCUGACGAGGGGAAGGAGUGUCUCAGAGCGCAGGAAGAGUGCAGAGAAGCAGCCGUACCUGAGUAAAAGUACGAAUACUUUCCAGGAAAAUGACUAUGUAGAACUCAGUUUCUUGACUUGAAUACAACCAGGAGGAUCAAAAGUAUGUACCGGAUUUUUCGGACUAUAAGUCGCAGUUUUUUGCAUAGUUUGGCCGGGGGUGCGACUUAUACUCAGGAGCAACUUAUGUGUGAAAUUAUUAACACAUUACCGUAAAAUACCAAAUAAUAUUAUUUAGCUCAUUCACGUAAGACACUAGACCAGUGGUUCUUAUCCUGGGUUCGAUCCAACCCUAGGGGUUCGGUGAGUCGGCCUCAGGGGUUCGGCGGAGGUCAAGACACACCCGACUCAUCGUGUAAAUACAAUCUUCUCCCUAUCGGCGUAUUAUGGAUACGGCAACAGCUGACUGGUUUGCAGGUGUGUAAUUUGUUGUGAGUUUAUGCACUGUGUUGGUUUUGUUCUUUGAACAAGGUGAUGUUCAUGCACGGUUCAUUUUGUGCACCAGUAAAAAAACAUGGUAACACUUUAGUAUGGGGAACAUAUUCACCAUUAAUUAGUUGCUUAUUAACAUGCAAAUUAGUAACAUAUUGGCUCUUAACUAGUCAUUAUUAAGUACUUAUUAAUGCCUUAUUUAGCAUGGCCUUAUUAUAACCCUAGCCCUCUAACCCUAACCCUAACCAAAUAACUCUAAAUUAAGUCUUUAUUACUUAGAAUAUGUUCCCCUAGUGUCCAAAUAACUCUAAAUUAAGUCUUUGUUAUACUUAGAAUAUGUUCCCCAUACUAAAGUGUUACCAAAAACAUAUAACUUUGUCUUGAAUUUGAAAAAAAAAACAUUUUAUUUUUCACUAAAGAAGGGUUCGGUGAAUGUGCAUAUGAAACUGGUGGGGUUCGGUACCUCCAACAAGGUUAAGAACCACUGGACUAAACGUAUAAGAUUUCAUGGGAUUUAGCGAUUAGGAGUGACAGAUUGUUUGGUAAACGUAUAGCAUGUUCUAUAUGUUAUAGUUAUUUGAAUGACUCUUACCAUAAUAUGUUACAUUAACACACCAGGCUCGUUCUCAGUUGGUUAUUUAUGCCUCAUAUAACGUACACUUAUUCAGCCUGUUGUUCACUAUUCUUUAUUUAUUUUAAAUUGCCUUUCAAAUGUCUAUUUUUGGUGUUGGGUUUUAUCAGAUACAUUUCCCCAAAAAAUGCGACUUAUACUCCAGUGCGACUUAUAUAUGCUUUUUUCCUUCUUUAUUAUGCAUUUUCGGCAGGUGCGACUUAUACUUCGGAGCGACUUAUACUCCGAAAAAUGCGGUAUUUAGAUGACACAAGUUUAUUGUGUAACUCAGGGGUGUCAAACGUACGGCCCGAGGGGCGGAUCACGCCCGGGUACAGGUUUCAUCCAGCCCGCGGGAUAAGUUUGCUAAGUAUAAAAAUGAACCUGAAUGUUUAAAUGAAAGAAACAGCUGUUCUAAAUGUAUCCACUGGAUGUCGCAAUAGCAAUUUGUAGAGGAUGCUACAUAUGUACAAAAUAAACCACAUGAUGUUAGUACAUCAGUCAAGGAAAAUGAUCAAGCUACAUAAAUACACAUGUUGAAUAGACUUUAGUAUAUAUAAAGACUUUAUAUAUACUAAAGUCCUUGUUGACUUCACUCAGCCUCCAUUCAUCCGUCAUAGACUCGAGGUCUUUAAAGGCAACAUGUGGUCUAAAACAAUAGGGCAGUAUAGCUCGGUUGGUAGAGUGGCCAUGUCAGCAACUUGAGGGUUCCAGGUUCGAUCCCCGCUUUCGCCAUCCUAGUCACUCCCGUUGUGUCCUUGGGCAAGACACUUAACCCACCUGCUCCCAGUGCCACCCACACUGGAUUAAAUGUAAUUUAUAUAUUGGGUUUCACUAUGUAAAGCGCUUUGAGGUACUAGAGAAAAAGCGCUAUAUAAAUAUAAUUCACUUCACUAAAUAACAUCCUGCAAUUUGAUUUUUAUAUAAUUUUGUAUCUUGAUUGAAAAUUAAUACCAUUGAGUUGACUGAUGAACAUUAUCACAUAAUUUGUUAAGAAAAUAUAAAUAACGACAAGUAAAAUAUUAACCGCAACAUGUAAGUGUAAAAAAAACAACAACAACGUUAUGAUUGUACAUUUAAGUUAAAGUUAAAGUAUCAAUGAUUGUCACACACACACUAGGUGUGGCAAAAUUAUUCUCUAUUUGACCCAUCACCCUUGAUCACCCCCUGGGAGGUGAGGGGAGCAGUGGGCAGCAGCGGUGGCCGCGCCCGGGAAUAAUUUUUGGUGAUUUAACCCCCAAUUCCAACCCUUGAUGCUGAGUGCCAAGCAGGGAGGUAAUGGGUCCCAUUUUUAUAGUCUUUGGUAUGACUCGGCCGGGGUUUGAACUCACAACCUACCGAUCUCAGGGCGGACACUGUAACCCAGUGGUUCUUAACCUUGUUGGAGGUACCGAACCCCACCAGUUUCAUAUGCGCAUUCACCGAACCC